AUGGGCGUCUACUACGAAGUCAUCCCACCCUCCCUCCAAACAUGGAUCAUGGACCAAAAAUGCUUCUGGGUCGGCAGCGCACCACUCUCCGGCAAAGGCCACAUCAAUAUAUCGCCUAAAGGCGGUCAGUAUUUCGGCAUCAUAGACGAAAAGACGUUCUGGUACCAAGACCUGAGUGGCAGUGGCAAUGAGACUAUCUCGCACUUACAUGAGCCGGGGAAUGGACGGAUCGUGAUCAUGUUUAAUGCGUUUGAGGGGCCACCGAAGAUUGUUAGGUUGUGGGGAUAUGGUCGUGUCCUUGAAUAUGGCACACCAGCUUUCAAAUCUCAUGUCGAGCAGUACAAAGUCAACACCAUCCCAGGCACGCGCAGCAUAAUCAUGGUUGACAUCCACCAGGUCGGUGGCUCAUGUGGAUGGAGUGUGCCAUAUUACGACUUCAAGGACUACAGACCUGUCCUCAACGAUUUCUUCGAGAAGAAGCAGAAGAAGUUUGAGGAAGGCGCCGAGAAGGAGGAUAUGGAUAGGUAUUGGGCCUGGAAAUCGGCAUGGAGCAUGGAUGGCUUGCCUGGAAUGAAGCGUGGUCUGGAAGUCGGGAAGAGGGAGAAUAUUGAACCGCUGAAGAAAAUGGUCGGUCCCUUGGCACCUAAAAAUGGGUUUGUGCAUUCAGACGGUUUCACGUUGGAGCAAGUCAUUGUGGUGUUUAUUGUCGCUUUCAUUGCUGGUAUCAUGGCUGUUACCUUGAGUCCCGCUGCUCUCAAGAAUGUCCUGGCACUUGUACCUGGGCACUCGAGGAAUGCGGUCUGGUUGCCAAAGAGUUUGAGGUAA